AUGUCAAAAAAAAGUAAAAAUAUAUUAAGAAUAAGAAAUAACUUUAAAAAAGUUGCUGUAGCUGACAACGAAGAUAGAAAUAAAGCAAUUAAUUUGGCCAUAACAAAUAAAAAUAUUAUAGAACUUCGUAGAUUAGCAAUCACCGGUCCUGGUUUUAUGAACGAUGGUUUUCGUAGAUUAUGCUGGCCAUUACUUUUACACACCGAAAACUACAAUGAGAACACUACUCGAGAAGUUCAUAAGGACGAAUAUCAGGUACUACUCGAUGUUCAUCGAUCAUUUGUCCAUUAUCCUCAAGGUUUGAGUAAUUCACAAAGAAAACAAAAACAACGUGAAUUAAACGAAGUUAUAGUAGGAAUAUUAAGAAGGCAUCCUAAAUUAUCAUAUUACCAAGGGUUCCAUGAUAUCUGUUCAAGCUUACUUCUUGUGCUGGGCAAAGAAGGCGCUAUCAAAGCAGGUGGACACAUUGCAAUGUUUUUAUUAAGAUAUCCUUUACGUAUACAUUCUUUAGAACCAAUAUUGAAACAAUUAAAUCUUAUAUUUACACUGCUAAGACAUGAAGAUCCAUUGGUUGCAGAUCUUCUUUUACGAUCAAAUACAUUACCAUAUUUUUGUCUUAGUUGGGUUAUCACAUGGUGUAGUCAUGAUUUAAGAGAUUUUUCAAAGAUUGCAAGACUAUUUGAUUUUUUUAUAGCCUCACAUCCUUUAAUGAUUAUUUAUUUAUCUGCAAAGGUCGUGUUAAGUCGUAAGAAAGAAUUGUUGACCUUAGAACUUGAUAGUGAUGUAAUUCAUACAUUCUUGUCAAAAUUUCCACAAAACAUCGAUAUUGAUGAUUUGAUUUCAAAAACACACACCAUGUAUCAAAAAUUCCCCCCAGAGAAAUUACAAACAUUGGCUAAUUCGGGUUUAGACCAAACAUCUUGCAUAAAUUUAUAUAACGAACACUGGCUAACAUUAAAAUCCGGAGAAAAAAUCGACUAUGCUGUUAUAAAUGAAAUUUUAUCAAUGCCGCCCUCAGCAAGAAAACCAAUAACACUUCCAAAAAAUGACAGUCAUUUCACUAAAAGAGUGUGA